GGUCGGUCCAGCGGUUGAAGUGUUUAAUAACUGAGCAAAUGGAUCCGUGCCGGGCGCCAUUCGGUCACGGACGGGAACUCGGCUCAUGUCUGCUCUGCUCCGUGCCGGGCCACGCGUGCAACCACUGCGCGCAAUCGGCCACUAUAUAGCUCAGGGGGCGCCGUGCAGGCUCGGCACCAGCUUGGAGGCGGCAGCAGCUAGCAGCUAGCUACUCUCGUUCCAUCCCAAGUCGAGCAAGUAGAUACGUACGGGGAGAGGAGAGCGGGAGAGCGAGUUUGCUAGUACCAGCAUCUAAGCUAUCCAUGGCGUCGGCCGUGAUGUCGUUGAGGCGGGCGGCGGCGGCGGCCGUGGCGUGCGUGCUCGCGCUCGGCGCGGCGGCGCAGCUCACGCCGACGUUCUACGACGGGAGCUGCCCGAGCCUGCAGUCCAUCGUGCGCUCCGGGAUGGCCGCCGCCGUGCAGCAGGAGCCGCGGAUGGGGGCCUCCAUCCUUCGCCUCUUCUUCCACGACUGCUUCGUCCAGGGGUGCGACGCGUCGGUGCUGCUGGACGACUCGCCGGCGCUGACGGGGGAGAAGAACGCCGGGCCCAACGCCAACUCCCUCCGCGGCUACGAGGUCAUCGACUCCAUCAAGUCCCAGGUCGAGGCCGCCUGCCCCGGCGUCGUCUCCUGCGCCGACAUCCUCGCCCUCGCCGCCCGCGACGGCGUCAACCUGGUCAGUGAACUACUGAGCGGUCCGACGUGGGCGGUACCGCUGGGCCGCCGCGACACGCGCACGGCGAGCCAGGCGGCGGCGAACAGCAACCUCCCCUCCCCGUCCUCGAGCGCGGCGGCGCUGGUGUCGGCGUUCGCGUCCAAGGGCCUGGACUCGCGCGACCUGGUGGCGCUCUCGGGCGCGCACACCGUGGGCUCCGCGCGGUGCGCGAGCUUCCGGUCCCGCGUCUACAACGACAGCAACAUCAACGCCGGGUUCGCGGCGAAGCGGCGGCAGAUCUGCCAGCCGCAGGCCGGCGCCACCGACGGGAACCUGGCGCCGCUGGACGCGCUGAGCCCCGUCCGCUUCGACAACGGCUACUUCCGCAACGUCGUCUCACAGUUCGGCCUGCUCCACUCCGACCAGGAGCUCUUCGGCGGCGGGCAGGUGGACGGCGUCACGGCGCAGUACGCGCGCAACGGCGCGGCCUUCACGCGGGACUUCGUGACGGCCAUGAUCAAGAUGGGGAACAUCAGCCCGCUCACGGGGUCCAGCGGCGAGAUCCGCGCCAACUGCCGGAAGCCCAACUGAUAAGCCGGGGCCCGGCGCCGGCCGGCCUUGAGAUUCGUGCGGGGCGAAGGGACGGCGCGGAUGGGGUCGACACGGCCAGCUAAGAGGAGUGCGGCUUUGUGCGUGGAAAAGUGUGGAGUGCGUUGGAAGGGAGCGGCGGCUGGCCGGAGAUGAUGAUGAUUGAGGGAGGAUUUGGUGGGUGGAGCGGCGCUGUCAAGGGGAGGGGGAGGAGGGGAGGGAGAGACGAAGGUGGGGCCCAGCGUGCCGUGACACAUCGAUCACGCGCUGCUGCAUGGCCACUGCUGCUGCUUUUUGGUUUGGUUGCAUUCUUUCCUUGUACCAUACGGUGGCGACGACGGCUCGAGCAUGUAAGUUUGUACGUACGUGGCCGAUUCAUGAUUAUUUUUCAGGGAGGGACACGAAUAAGAACAGAUGAAAAAUGUGCUUUCUUUUCAAGAAAAUUACAGAAAUACUAUGUGUUGAUGAGCAA